AUGGCAACAGCCCACCAAAUCCACCUCUCACCUACGAGGAACACGAGGAUCUUCUCCGUCUCCGUCCCCGCCGGUCCCAGUGAAGCCUCCGCCCGCGCAACCAGCGAAGUCCUCCAACAUGACCUCGAGCACCACCACGUCUUCUUCAAUGACUCGGGAUUCCACAACCACAUCGUCCACCACAUCCUAAGCAUCCACGCCCUCGGCGCCUCAGCGGAGGAGAUCCGCGCCGCCUACGAGCGCGACCGCACCUACCAGCGGAAAGCGAUGGCGGUGGACGAGGCGGUCGUGGCGGAGCUGGCAGACCGUAACCGGUUCUUGGAGCUGCUGGGGAUGAGGAAGCAUUACUCGAAUUUUUUGAGGUUCUUUCAAGGGGAGAUUGAGCGGGUGGGCGUGGAGGAGGUAUUGAGGGGGUUUUUGUUCCGGGAAGAUGAGGUUGCGAGGGCGAUGUUGGGGAGGGUUUUUGGAGGGCUGGUUCAUCCGUUCAUCCACCUGGGCUUCGGCCUGGAAUUCGAGCAGCCGGCCAUCGUGGCCGAGGCGCUGGCGCAGACGGCCAUCCACGAGGAUUGGACGGGCCCGAUGUUCUUCUGGCCGGCCGAGGAGCAGGCCGGGGGUGUCGGGCGGCGCGGGGAGAAGGGCCUGCUGGCGAUUCUGGAGGCGAUCCGGCGCGACGAGACGCUGGCGCGGUCGGUGCAGUGGGAGGAUGGGAACAAGAUGCGCGACGGCGUGUUGGCCCGUGCGGGCGAGGCGAUGCUCACGUACGCGGCCCAGUACACGGUGUCGGCGGAGCAGUUGGAGGAGCGGACAGCGGAGAUGAUCAAUACCGUGGUCUACUACACCAGCGCCGCCCAACGGCCCUCCAAGCAGAUCAAGUUCGACUUCUUCUACCUCCACAGCCUCAACUCCUCCAUCUUCUUCUCCAAGCUCCUCACCCUCCCGUUUUUAGACACGACAACCAAAUGCCGGCUGCUCGAGUGGAAAGGCCGUCUCGACCUCCUGCUCUACGUCUCCCGCGGCACCCCGGAGUUGUACCUGGAUGAGAUCCGGGCGUAUCCGACCGCGCACAGCUGGGCCGAGAUCUUCGCUUUCUGUAACCGCCACUCGCAGGAUGACGGCCACCUGGCUAAGCUGGUCCGUGCCGUCGCCAACGGCGAACGAGCCUGUCGGCCGUUUGAGGAGGAGCGCCGCUGGCCGAUCAAAGGUGAUAUGUGGCUGCGGAUUGCCAAUAUGGCAAUGGACUCAACAUCCGACCACGAUCACCACCCGAUGUGGGUCCGAUCCACCGGGUUUGACCAGGCCUGGCGCGAGUUCGACGGGCGAGCCGAGCUAUAG